AUGAAUAAAGAGCAAAUUAAAGAAUUGUUAAAAGAUAUACAGUUAGAUGAAGGUAAAAUAGAUAAUGUUAUCAAGAAACAACACGCGGUUGAUAACAUUAAAACAAUAUCUGAUCUUAAUUAUCAGAUGACCAAAUUACAGUAUUCACUGUGUUGUUCAGCGCCUAAGAAAGUUGACAUAAGACUUAUUGCCAAAUUAAUUAACGAAGGUUUAGUUAAGCAUGAAUCUAUUCUCAAGGGACUAAUUAAAGAAGAUUUUAAGUCAGAAGAUAAAGCAAAAGAAUUUAUUAAGCAAAAUGAUUUUAGUGAAGAAGAAAUUUUAAAAAAAAUUCAAAAAUUGAAAGAUGAGUAUGUAAGUCAAAACUUAAUAAUUAAACAAAUGAGAAAUUCAAUGCCAUAUAUUGAUUUUAAAAUAGUGAUGGAUAGUCUUAAAGACUAUAAUGUUAAAGAAGAAGUUAAGAAUGAAAAUAAGAGAGAUUGGUUAAGUGAGGGAUUAUUGUUAAAUUUAAAAUCACCUAAAGAUAACAAACAGGUAACUAACAAACUUUUAAAUGAUCAUUUAGCUAGAACUAAAGGAGUGGUUGUUACAAGGUUCCCACCAGAACCAAAUGGUUCAUUACAUAUUGGACAUGCAUUUGCUAUAAAUUUGAGUUUUGAAUAUGCUAAAAAAUUUGGAGGAUACACUUAUUUAAGAUUUGAUGAUACUAAUCCUAGAAAUGAGAGUGAAGAAUUAACAAACAAUAUUAUUAAAGAUGUUGAGUGGUUAGGAUUUAUACCAUAUAAGAUAACUGCAUCUAGUGAUCAUUUUGAAGAGAUGAUAGAAAUGUCUAAAAAGCUUAUUAAGAAAAAUAAAGCUUAUAUUUGUUUCUUAGAUGGUGAAGAAUUAAAAAGACGUAGAAUGAAGUUUCAAGAAGAACGAGAUAAAGGAAAUUUUGAUCCAUCGAUUCUUUCACCUUAUAGAAUGACACCAACGAAAGUUAAUUUGGAAGAGUUUGAGAAAAUGUUACAAGGAAAAUAUGCAGAGGGUAAAGCCUGUUUACGAUUUAAAAUGGAUUUAGAGUCUAAAAAUCCUCUCAUGUUAGAUUUAGUUGGCGCCAGGGUAAUUGAUAUGGAGCAUCAUAGACGAAAGAAAAAUUUCAUGGUGUAUCCGACUUACGAAUUUGCUUUAUGUGUAGCAGACUCAUUAGAAGAUGUUACUCAUUCAUUCUGUUCAAGAGAAUUUUUUACGAGACAAGAAUCAUACCAUUGGUUACUUAGAGAACUUGAACUUUAUGAACCAGUACAGUGGGAGUUUAGAAGAUUAAAUCUUAGUAACACUAUUUUAAGCAAAAGGAAGCUGAAUGCUUUGGGAUUGUCUUUUGAUGAUCCAAGAUGUUACUCAAUAGCAGGAAUGAGACGAAGAGGAAUACCACCAAGUGCGAUUAAUAAGUUUGUACAAUCUGUUGGUAUUACAAUUUCUGAUACAAUAAUUGAUGUAAAAAUAUUUGAAAGUUUUAUAUUUACAGAAUUAUUUAAAACGUCAAAAACAACAUCUUGCAUUACUGAUCCUAUUAAAAUUUAUUUAAAUUGUGAAAAACAAUCACUCUAUGAUUACUUUAAGAUAUCAUCAAAGGUGAUUUAUAUUGAUGGAUCUGAUUUUAUGGAAAAACCAACAGAUGAUUUUAUGAGAUUAACUCCUUAUAACUCAGUAGGUUUAAUAGGAUUAGGAGAGAUUAAAUUUAAGAAAUUUGAAAAUGAUGGUAUUAGAUGUGAUUUUAUUUCAGUUAAAAGUGAAGUAUUUUCUAAACCUAAAAAAUUCAUACAGUGGAUUUACAAUUUAGACUUUAAGGUAGAAUUAAGAAUGUAUUCAUCACUCUUUAAAUCAUUUAAUCCUGAAGAAGUAGGUUAUUUAAAUGAUAUUGAUUUGGAAAAUAGUCUUAAAGUUGUAGAUGGAUAUUGUAAUAGUGAAAUAUUAGAAAGUAAACCAGAAGACAGUUAUCAGUUCAUAAGAAAAGGAUUUUUUUGUUGUGAUAAAGAUUCUGAUUUUGAUAAGAAGAAAUUAGUAUUUAACAAAACUUUAGGAUUAAAAAAUUUUAAAUAA